GAAUUCUCAUGGAGCGGUUGAUUGAUAUUUACCCCAUGCUGCACCGCGCUGUUUGAUCGUUGGGGUGAGGACGUUUAUGAUAGUUUAGACUGAUAUCAGAUGGAGUACCGUAAGUCCCCUCUCACGGACACCCUACUGCCAGUAGAGGAGCCCAUUCCUUCAUGGCUGAUUCUAUCAUACUUGUGUCAUAAAAGAUCCCGAACCAUACUAGUAUUAUCAUACGGUACAGUACCGGCACGAGUACAAGUACGUUACCGUAACUUGGGUGGAGAGAGGCUCAACACAAGUGGCUCAACAGAGGUUGUCGUCUUGCGAAGGCCACAUCCCUUUCAUUUCUAAAAGGGGGAACCACCUGCAUGAAGUUUCCCCCCCUGGCCGAAUGACAAUCUAUUUUGGUUGGGCGAUUUAUUCUCCCGUCUUCUUCUAAAAAAAAGAAAUAGGCUGGAAACAAUACCGUACCACUUGUGUUUGCAGAGAGAAACUCAUCCACCGUUACGGUAAACGCUCUCUAGAGAUCAACUUUCAAAUCGAGAGCGGUUACCGUGUCUGCCGGUGCAUUGUCAUUACCCACAGUCGCCGCCACCCCAUUGUCAACUCAACCAAUCAACAACGUUCAACCCUACUCUACUCUUUUACCCCUUUGUAGCUUUAUAGCACCUCAGGAUCGUGCUUUUCGAAAUACACCUGGCUUAAAAGUCAUCUCACUCUGUUCCUCCGUAUAUUUAAACACCUCACAUCUAUACAGCCGUUUCCUCCUUUAGCGUCCUCUUCUCGACUCCUUCCGGGUUUCUUACGUCUCGCUCCGAGGGGUAUCAUACCCUAUUCGUUCCUGUCCUACCGUUAACAACUCCAACGUUCUUUAUCCGCCAUGACACGGUUGGCGGACAGAGUGCUGUCAAGGAGGCAGGUUGAGGGAUUGAUUGCCGAAGGGAAAGCUGUUUUCAUCUUUGACGGGAAUGUUGUACGGGCUGAUGCUUGGUUGAAGUUUCAUCCGGGGGGCGAUAAACCUAUUUUGCACAUGGUCGGUAGAGAUGCUACUGAUGAGAUGAAUGCGUACGUUAUCAUUUCUUCUUCUCCCAAGCUCCGCACUCCGGAACGUCGUGAGGAAUUGAGUUGUUUGGAGACUGAUAGCGGUUGUAGUUUACAUUCGGUUGAAGCUCUGGCUCGAAUGAGAAGCUUUAUGAUUGGAAAGGUCCAGCAACCUUGGGAAAGCUUUACACCGCCUCUGCAUGGCGGGAGGUUUCGUCCGUACAUUGAGGGUGAGGAAGAUGGAGAAUUAUCCGAAUCCGAAUGCCCACAAAGUGAGGGGGCUCGAUCCUCGUCAUCAUCAUCCGUCAGCAGUGAGGACAAUAGUUUUCUAUUGGAUCCCAGCCUUCGUCGUAGGCACCAGGGGUCUGCUGUUGCUUCGUCAUCGUCUUCAAUGACCUCAGUGUCCGUCCAUGAUGAAACAAGCAUGGAAGAAGAAUUGACGAGGAAGGGAAUGGAGUAUGAUCUUGCCGCGUACCCAGCCCUUGACGCGGAGACACAGGGAAAAAUUGUCGAUCUUUAUCGAGAAUUGGACAAGCAGGUACGGGCAGCUGGGCUUUACAAUUGCAACUAUGUUCGGUAUGCGAGGGAAGUUAUGCGCUACCUAACGUAUCUCUCAAUUUCGUUGGUCCUUUUGCGUUAUGGAUGGUACAAGAUGUCGGCAUUCUUUCUGGGAGUGUUCUGGCACCAGAUCACCUUCACUGCUCAUGACGCUGGCCAUAUGGGAAUAACCCACAACUUUCAUAUCGACACAUGUGUCGGUAUCUUCAUUGCAGAUUUUUGUGGGGGCCUCUCAUUGGGAUGGUGGAAGAGAAGUCACAAUGUAUAGUUCCCCCUAUCGUGCGUACAGUACUUGCCAAUUCGUAGAGUAUCCGGAAAUAGGGGUGCCGGAAUCCCCGAAUUUUUGGCGUGAAACAGAAGUUUUUGGAAUUUCAUGUCCGGAUACCCUAAGAAUUGAUGAGUAUAACCUUGCGAAUGCAUUUACUAAUACGCCUCAAUUCUUAGGUACACCAUAUUGUUACAAACGACCCAGAACAUGAUCCCGAUAUCGAGCAUCUUCCAUUCUUUGCCGUUAGUCAUCUCUUCUUCGGCAGUCUAUAUUCAACUUACUAUGAUCGCGUGAUGCAAUUUGAUGCGGCUGCUAGGGUACUUGUCAGGUUUCAGAAUUAUCUCUAUUACCCAAUCCUUUGCUUUGGCAGGUUCAAUUUAUACCGCCUUUCCUGGGAGUACCUUAUUCUCGGGCUUGGUCCUCGUAAGGGAAUUGCUGCAUACCAAAGAUGGCUCGAAAUUGCUGGCAUGGCGGUCUUCUGGUAUUGGUUUGGGUACCAGCUUUUGUAUAAAUCUAUACCCACAAAUUGGGAUCGAUUCCUAUUUGUCAUGAUCAGCCAUGCAGUGACGAUGCCUCUACAUGUGCAGAUCACAUUGUCGCACUUUGCUAUGUCGACGUCCGAUUUGGGAGUCAAGGAGAGCUUUGCGCAGAGAAUGUUGAGGACUACCAUGGAUGUUGACUGCCCGCGGUGGUUGGACUUCGUGCACGGAGGAUUGCAAUUCCAGGUAUGUUCUCACUUAACUGGCCCUAGUGGAUUGAAGAACCGCAUACUAACUUGGCCCAAAGGCAGUCCACCACCUUUUCCCACGCAUCCCGAGACACAACCUCCGAACAGCUCAGAAGCUUGUUAUGGAGUUCUGCAAGAAAUCGGGUGUGCCGUAUGCUCUUUACGGAUUCUACGAUGGCAACAGGAAAGUAAUCGGCCAUUUGGGCGAAGUUGGCAGACAAGCUAAGAUCCUGGCCGAAUGUCAGGCAGCAAUCAUUAAUAAGGGCGAUUAUGGUCAUAUGUGAGGUGUAGAUUUGCUGAGUGGUUUCCUGAUUGAUGGGGUUUGUCUAGACUUCUUUUGAUUUCAUCUGCGGCCGAAAAGUGUUACGGAGGCAAUAGGAGCAUGUUCGGAGGCAUUAUAUCCUGAUUCUGGAUUACUGGGUCCUGUUAAUCUCGUUUCUGUUUCUGUUUCCUUUCGCUUGUAAUUAGUUGCUAUUGGGGCGGCUUUCUGAGGUCGAGUUUUUCGAGUUUGUGGCUCGGUGACGAAUUGGACUGGCACAGAGUUUGGUGGAUAAGAGUUGUAAAUAUCAUAAUUAUCAUAGAAGGGGUCUAACAGCAG